AUGGCUGUGUUAUAUUCUUUGGACGGUCUUGAGAUUCGAAUAAAGGAAAAUAGCGAUUUUCUUGAUAGCGUAAUAAGUUUAAUUCCGCCUAAACAUUAUUUUAAAAAUGAACCUGACGUUCAGUCUGAUAAUGCUGAGGAUAGGGCACAGACUUACCAGCCAAAUAAACGGAGACGGCUCGCGAAACAAGUUCUCAAAGAACAGAAAAAACGUGCAAAAAAAUUGAAACUCCAUCAAGAAACAUUGUGGAUCGCCUUGCGCAAAUUCGCCGAGCUUCCGGUAUUGCCACCGACUGCAGCAUCAUCAAAUAACCUUGAACUCGGUAGUGAGAAAGCAGAUUAUGAUAAGAACAAUAAUAGUGAAAAUAGUAAGCAGGGAGUGGAAAAAGUUCUUUUCAGUAAAUUUGAAUUUGGUGAGCAAAAAAAGAAGAAAAAGAGUAAGAAAGAUGAUAAGAAACUCGUAGAAGAGCUGGAAACUCGUAAAAAAGAAAUCGGAAAAUUGAAACAGGAGGAUCCAAAAAAGACCGAAUCCUGGAAAAAAGUGCUACAAAAAGCCCGCGGUGAAAAAAUCAAGGACGAUCCUAAACUAUUAAAAAAAUCAAUCCAACGCACUCAAAAAAAUAAAAAGAAGAGUGAAAAAGCUUGGAAGGAACGAAUCAAAAAAGUUGAAAAGAGUAAAUUGGAUAUACAAAAAAGACGUGCAGAAAAUAUUCAAGCGCGUUUGGAGGCAAGACACAAAAAAAAGGCAAAGUUUUUCUAA